GGCUGAGGGCCUUGCACCUUGCACAACGAACAAUUCUGUCUCUCCGUUUGUUCGGUUCUAUAUGUAUAUGUGUUUACUUCGUAUUUUAAUACAAUACGUGACAAAUACAUAAAUUAACGCGUAAUUAACGAAUUACCAUCGUGGUAUAGUAACGUUUGGAAAUUAAAUAGGUCGUUUUCAGAGGACGUAUGGUUCUAUCUGCAUUGAAAUAUAUUAGCAAUGGACUUUUUGUUUGACACGCGACAUUAUCUGAAAAUCUAGUGUUUCAGAUCAUAAUAAAUGUGUCUCAAUUAUAUUUCGCUAAAACAUUCUAUCUUGAUAGUGAUAUCACGGAUGUACUCAAAAUAAUUAUUCGCAAAGUGGAAUUAUUACUAUAGUGUAAUAAAUUUUAAAAAUAUUUUUUCUACGCGGGUCUCUGUUAUGGAAACUUGCGUAUUGAUACCUAGAGAAUUUUCCUUGGUCCUUACCAAUGAUCAGUCAUCCUGCAAGAAUCUUUUCAAGAAUGAGUCAAGUACAUUAGAUGUGAGAAUUUCAGUAUGGUCGAAUGUAUUUAUCCCGUCGGGAACCCUGAUUUAUCCGUUUCAAGGAUCAAUUAGGUUUGACAAGAUUGAUCUUUAUUCUCUUCUUGAUGACAAUGAUAUUAGACGCGAAUAUGGUUGCUAUGAUGAAGUCUUCUUCUCCAAUUAUAAUCUUAACAAGCGUCAAUGCAAUUGGAUAAGAUUUCUCCGUAUCGUUCAAUCAUACGAUGAACAAGUUAAUCUGAUCGGUACAAAGGUAAAGGGUCAAACCGUGUAUCUGGUAUUCUGUACACCGAUAAAAAAAGGGAUUUUGCAAGUGUAG